AUGGCUCCUCUCGCAAAGUUAGUCACCGCUGCGGCUAUUCUUACCGCUCCAGCAUUGGCUGCUGCGGCUCCGAAGCUCGAGAUUCGACAGUACCAGGAUCCCAACUCGACGCUCGUCAUCGACGAACCAUCGUGUGAUUUCUACCAGUGCACCAUCUACUGGUCGCCAGGCCAGCAGGUGGCUGUCAAUUGGUAUAAUCCUCCUUCUCAGGGUAACGUCCAGAUCGAUCUCAUGACCAACAACAAUUCCCAGGUCGCUUACACCGUUGGCGUUGCUCCGCCCACCUCCAGUACUUGCGACGCGGGUGCCGGUUACGGUCAACCUGGUCCUGACGGUAGACAAUGCGGCGGUUUCGUUUUUACCGUUCCGAGCUCGUGGAACGCCGGAAACUACACGGCGUUGCGCGCCAUGUCGACACAGGACGAAAACCUGCAGUCUUUCACCGACAAGAUUUAUAUCACCCACAACAGCACCACUUCCGACAAUGCGCCGUUCUCGAUUGUCAGCGGAUCGACUGUAGGUGGCACUAGCUCUACCACUGCAUCUUCGUCUACCGGUACGCCUGCCGCGGGAACAACGACUCGAUCUUCGGCAAGUGUAGCUCCAACCAGCUCUGGCGCUUCCGCCUCGCGAACCAGCGCCUCUACAAGCAACACUAGCACGGGAAGCACCGCUUCUCCUACCACCUCGGGCCGUCCUAACGGUGCACUCUCGUGCUCGAGCUCCAGCGCUGCCGCUUUCAGUCUGGCUGCUGCUUCUGUUGUUGGUCUCACCAUCCUGCUCUGA